GAAUUUUUAUGGCUUCCGAUUCCUUGUUUUGACAUUACUUCAUUUUUCAUUUAUUUUAACAAUUGAAAUCAACCGUAUUACCCGCCGAUUAAUUUUUCUUCAAUUAUCCGUUAAUUAAAGUCGUCAAUCUGGAAGUACUACAGGUAGCCCGAGAGGACGCCGAUAUGACGUCCGUGGAAAGAAGACAGGAGCAGGACGAUUCUGGUGAAUACUCGGAUGCAUCGCAAGAUAUCGAACACAAUAACUCGGGGAACGAAGGGCAGCCUGAGUCUGACUAUGACUCUCAGGGAAGUGAAUCUGACCGUUCAGAGAGGGAUCCAGAGAACCAGGAGACCGAAAGAAGAGUAGAUGAUGAUGAGGACAGAAGUAAUCCCCAGUACAUCCCCAAGCGUGGCACUUUCUAUGAGCAUGACGACCGAACCGCUGCUAGCGGUGAGGAAACGAGUAACACGACGUUGGAAACACCAUCGGAGAAGAAGGAAGGUGUGGAGACACCGCAGGAGCGCCGGCGACCGCCCCGGAAGUCUGACGUCAUCAAUAAAUGGUCCCAUGAUAAAUACAACGAGAAUGAACAGAUGCCCAAAUCCCGGGAUGAGUUGGUAGCUAUAUAUGGUUAUGACAUCCGUAAUGAGGAUGCCCCACCACAUGCUAGACGCAACAGGAAAUACGGUCGCGGACCGAACAAGUAUACAAGGACUUGGGAAGACGAGGAGGCGUACAAGCGACAGAAUGCAGCGCAAGCGGUACCAAGGAAGCCACCGAAUCCCGAAGAUUUCCCAGAAUUAGAUGCUGCAGGCAAAAAGUAUUCUAGACCCCGUGUACCACGACCCAGGUCGAAAUCGCAGCCGACGUCCAACGAGUCGCUCGAGAAUGGAUCACAACUCCGCCGGAAUGCCUCGAUCAAGACCCCCAGGGGUAGGAACGAACGUCCCAAGCCGACUAACCGGCCGCCCGCGACGAAGACCCAACCCAAACAGCAGAACAGAGAGAAAUUGCCUGCGCUGGAGAAUCUCACUAUAACUACGGAAGUCGGGAACAACAGUCAAGGCCAGCCCCAACGGAAGGUGAAUGCUCAGCAGAGGCCGGUGCCGACCGAACAGGCUAAGAAGAAACCGCCGCAACAAACUCAGCAAAAUAAUUCGGCGUCGCUUCAGCAAUCCACGCAGCAAAAACCUCAAGCACAGCAACAGAAUCAGCAAACGCAACAGCAAGCUGGGGCCGAAUCGCGUGGUGGUGUGAAACGCUACAGCAGCUUACGCCAGCGACCGCUCGCUGAAACAUACUCACCGCAAACGCAGCAACAGCAACAACAAUCGCAGCAACAAUCACAAGCACAACAACAGCCCCAACAACAGACACAACAACAGCCACAACAACAGCCACAACAACAGCCACAACAGCAGCCACAACAACAACAACAACAGCAGCAGCAGCUAAGAUACACCGAAUAUGCCGGCGGGAACGCACCACCAGCACCGCACCAAGGAAGUCCCGUACCACAAAUACAUCAGCAACAGCUUAUACACCAGGUGCACCGCGGUGCGAGCGUGCCGCCGCACACGCAGCAUCCGCAACAUCCGCCACACGCGCCACAACAUCCGCCUCAACACAACCAACAGGUCAGAUUAGGUAUAUUGGAAUCACAGCAGCUAGUAUCGCAUCCGCACCAUUCGCUUCAUAAUAUACCGCAGCCCCACUCUAUAGGACAGUUACAACAAACACAAGGAUACGCGCCGCCUGCCAUGAUGCCUGCGCAGUAUAUGCAGCCACCCCAGCAGAGCGGUACCGGUGGAGUGUUCGGCGGCGCUAUGUACGCUCAGCCACCCGCGCCAUAUCCGCACCAGAUGUAUCCGCACCACAACUAUGCGACGCAGGCCGGCGGCGUGACGUACUACAGCUGCGCGGAACAGGAACAACUGCCGCGAGCGCAGCGCAGGCCCACCGCCGCCAUACCCAUCGUACGGCCCGCCGCGCCCGCAGCCGCAGACAGGCCGGUUAAUUCAUCAGAAAAAGACAACAUCGACAGAAUAGUCGAGAAUAUGUUCGUUAGGAAGCCGUGGCCGGCAGAGAGACAUGGCGCUAAUUCAAAAGACAAGCCACAGUCUGAAAAUCGUGGAUCCCAAGAACCACAGAGCAAAGAGUCAUCACAACCGAAUAGUUUAACAUCAAGUUCCAUAUCAACCGACUCCAAACCCUCAGAAAGCAGAGACGAGGCCCCGAAGCCGGAAGAGGUGAAAGAAAUUAAAGAGGUAAAAGAAGAGGAGAGACAGCCAGAGAAAGAGACGGAGGAGUCGGAGGUGGUAACGACUCAAGAAAGUAUAGGGACAGACGCCUGACUGGUAAGGAUUAAAUUCUAUGAAUAUUAUCAAGAGAAAUAUAGCCGAAGAUAAUUAUGUUUAAUUGGGACGGUCACACUGGUCAAUUGGCGUUACAGUUAGGCCAAAAUGCUCACACCCAGUGCGGUGAAGUUUUCUUUUAAUUGUUUCAAACAUCGAACAAAGUUAUAUGAUUCCAAAAUGUCUAAAGUAUUCAUAGUUUUAUUAAUUUGAAAUAAAAAUGCACAUAAGUUUUUGUUCAAUUUGUUUUUAAUUUAAAUCCUCAAUGGAAAGUAAACCAUUAUACUUUGGUAUAAGGUUAGUUAUGGUUCAUGAUAUUAAUUUAUGCAUCAAAAAAUAUGGUUAUUUGUAAUGCCAUUUUACAUUUCGAAGUGUACGUAUGCAGAUUACAGGCCUAUUUUUAUCCUGCUAUGAGUUCUAUUUGUUUACUCAUAUGGUUUAUUAUUACUAUGUGUUAUGUUGGUAUAUCGUGAUUAUGCUUUGUUUGUACAAUAAAUUGGAUAAAUAGGAA